AUGUCGCAGCGAAAACUACAACAGGACAUUGAUAAACUUUUAAAAAAGGUUAAAGAAGGUCUUCAGGAUUUUGAGGAUGUUUAUGACAAGUUUCAAAACACAGACGCCUCCAACACUUCUUACAGGGAAAAGCUGGAGGGUGAUCUCAAGCGCGAGAUCAAGAAACUACAAAAGCACCGUGACCAGAUCAAGACCUGGCUCAGUAAAGACGAUGUGAAGGACAAACAGCAAGUGUUGAUGGAAAACCGUCGAUUGAUCGAGUCAGGAAUGGAGCGGUUCAAAUCGGUCGAAAAAUUGAUGAAAACCAAACAGUUCUCUAAAGAGGCUCUCAUAAAUCCAGAUAUCAUCAAGGAUCCUCGAGAACUGAAAAAGCGCGAUCAGUUCCUGUUCAUUCAGGAUUGUCUAGAGGAACUUCAGAAACAACUUGAAUCUUUUGAGGCGCAGGAAAAUGAGCACCAAUGCGAACGUCAUAUAUUCCAUAUUUCCAAUCUUGAAAACAUUCUCAAGCAAUUACAAAACAAUGGGCUGGAACCGGAUACUGUCGAGGAAUAUCAGGAAGAUAUUCAAUAUUAUGUGGAAAACAACGAUGAUCCUGAUUUUAUUGAAUAUGAUACUAUUUACGAGGACAUGGGAUGUGAAAUACAACCUGGCGAAGUGGUCAAGGAAGUCGAAACUCCGUCAAAAGUAGUAAAAUCAAGUCGAGUGGAAAAGUCACCCAAGAAGAGAGAUUCCCCAAUGCCAAUAACACCACUUUCCGCUUCAAGUGCUAGUGCAGAUAAAGCGAAAAGUGUUUUGGCUUCACCUUCCACCAAUUCGACAAAUGUGCCUUUUUCUUCUUCAAAGAAAGAUGUAUCACAAAAAGUUGCCGACAAAACUGGUACGCUAAAUGAAAACCUGGUCCUUCAAAAACCAGACCAAAAUAACAGCCAAGGGCAGAAUCAAAAUCAGUCUGACGAAAGUGCGGUGCAACCUCCAAAAGAUUUAUCAAAAGAAAUUGAAGAACUUCUUGCUCAGGAUCGGGCCCAGUAUUCCGCGUUUCAGAACCCGCUUUUUAGCCCAGGUUUAAAUUACUGGUUGGAAACUAAGCGCACUUUAAUCCAGCCACAUGAUACCAUGCCUAGUGAAAUGGCUUCUCAGCUUGAGUCCUCGCUUCUGAAUUGUCCAGAUUCUUUAGAUGCGGAUACGCCUAGUUUACAUCAGGACGUACUUUCCAUGCCACAUCCUACGUCGAUUUUUUUCCCUAAUGAAACUAUCAGGCUUGUUUCAAACGACCCGAUUGAUAUAAGUAGGAACCAUCCCAAGCACAACGAUAUCUAUUCCGGGACAUCUCUGGCUCGAAUCAUGUCGAAAUUUGAUUUGGAUACCUUAUUCUUCAUCUUCUAUCAUUAUCAAGGUUCAUAUGAACAAUUUCUUUCCGCUCGCGAACUCACAAUCAGAGGUUGGCAGUUCAACAAAGUUAAUCGCUGUUGGUUCUACAAAGAGGUCGAAAAACUACCACCAGGCAUGGAACAAUCUGAGGAAAUCUCAUGGAGAUAUUUUGAUUAUCAAAAAUCCUGGUUGGCAAGAAGAUGUGGGGCAGAAUUUGUCUACCGCGAAGAAGAGUUCGAAAGGAUAUAA